AACGAACGUGAAUGUUACCACGAGAGUAGGGAUGCGGUUCUCUUUAUUGCUUUGCCUCGGCUAACAUUUUAAUACUCCUUUAGUAAACAUUUGUUUAAGCUUUACUAGGUAAUUUGUUGAUCCUGGAGAGUUGUCCUUUGACGAGAUGUAUCGUUGUGCUAAAGCUCCAUAUUAUUACAAGAAAUUGUAUAAAUUAUAAUUAUUAGAUUUAUAUUUGCAAACUAAAUUUUUAAUAAUAAUACCAGUUUGCAUUAUAAUAUAUUUAUAUUGUUCGAUCAAUAGUUAUGACAAAUACGAUCAUUAAAUCCACCGAUCAUUAAAUUUAUGUACCUAUAGUUUGUAACAGUUGAAUGUAUAAAAAAACAUUUCUUAGUACAUAAACCUUUUGGUUUCAUUAAAGUACUAUACUUAUUACAAAUAGUCUUAUAUAAUUAUGAUAGAAUUAACUCAAGAUACAUAACUAUAUACAUACUAUUAAUUAAAAAUAAAUACCAAUUAUCAUUUAGGACUUUGUGUAACUAUUACUUACCCUUAUUAUAUUUGUUUUUAUUUUGUUAUGUUAUGUCAUUACAUGUUUUUUCUGAAUUUUUUGUGAGAUAGAAUGGGAAUAUAUAAUACAAUAUGUAUUUUUGUUAUAGUUCCACCGAUAAUGACAAUACAAAAUCAACUGGUGGGCGCUAAGGAGGGAGACUCCGUUUUUUUAGACUGCCACUCGGAAGCGUUUCCUAGAUCCAUCAACUAUUGGACAAUAAACGACCAAAUCAUAUCACAAUCCGACAAGAGGUUCGAAAUAGCUUCAAUGGAAAGAGGGUACGAGGUAGACAUGAGGCUGAAAAUCAAGAAAGUGGGAAGGUCAACCUUCGGCACAUACAGUUGCAUAUCAAAAAAUUCUUUAGGAGAUACUGAUGGGACUAUCAAACUCUAUUCGCUGUCUGGAAAGUAUGAAGAGAUGCAGUACAACGAAGUGGAAUUCGAUGAAACUCCAGACGUGAGCGAACUGGAAGCUCUCAAGCGGAGCACUGGGGCAAGCAUUCCCCGUAUGAGCUUACACAUCGCUCUACUUUUGUCAAUCGCCAUGUUAUAAUGCUACUUUGUAUAUAUGAAAUAUAUUGUUACGAUUAUCUUUUCACUGGCGUUUUAUUACUUCCAUCUUUUGAUUGUUGACGAAAACAUACUUAAAAGGUAAAAUAGUGUUUUUUAUUAUAUUAUUAGUAUCUAUAUUAAGCUUGCUAAUAAGUUUUUAAACUUGAAAUGUGAGUCGAAUGGCACCUACGAAUAAACUAUCACGCUACCGUUA